AUGAAGCUCUUCAACGCCGCCCUCCUCCUGCCGGCCGUCAUCCGCGAGACAUUGGCAUACACGGCCCUGUCCGACUCCACCCUCCGCUCAUUGCCCGGCCCAGGUGACAAUUUCGAUAUCAACAAUGGCGCACUGCUCUCUCCGAUCUUGAUUCCACGAGUACCGGGUACUGAAGGGUCGCUUGCUGUCCAGAAGCAUCUUACCGAGUUCUUCUCCCAAAAGCUGCCCAAAUGGAAGGUCACUCUCCAAAACUCGACGAGCGUAACGCCUACGUCGAAUGGUAAAGAGGUGCCGUUCGCAAAUAUAAUAGCCACACGCGACCCACCAUGGGCACACGGCGACGGCGAUGUCAGUCGUUUGGCCCUCGUUGCGCAUUAUGAUUCGAAGUUGACUCCGAAUGGAUUCAUUGGAGCAACUGAUUCGGCAGCACCUUGUGCUAUGCUGUUGCAUGCAGCGAGGACGUUGGAUGAGGCUUUGACCAAGAAAUGGGAAUCCAUGGAUGCUCAAGGAGAUGUAGACGAUGACGGGUUGGAGGGUCAUAGGGGGAUUCAGAUACUGCUACUGGAUGGAGAGGAGGCUUUCCGGACGUGGACCCAUGAUGACUCUUUAUAUGGCGCGAGGUCACUCGCAGAAGAAUGGGAAGCAUCUUCAUACUCUGCGUGGAGUGCAUACCACUCGCCGCUUUCCACAAUCGAGCUGUUCGUACUACUUGACCUGCUGGGAGAGGAGAACCCCAAGAUACCCUCCUACUUCAAGACCACCCAUUGGGCGUACCAGAAGAUGGCGGAAGCAGAAAAGCGACUUCGCGAGCAGAAGAUGUUCAAGAGCUCUCCAAACCACCCGUCUAAGCUCAAGGAAGGCGAAGCUCCCAAAGGCGAGCCAAUGUUCCUUCACGAGGGCGGUAAGAAAGACACCGAUCGGUGGGCCGGCGGCUUCGUCGAAGAUGACCACCUUCCAUUCAUGGCCCGUGGGGUAGAGAUUUUGCAUCUCAUCACUUCACCAUUCCCCCGUACAUGGCAUACGAUGGACGACGAUGGCGAGCAUUUGCACAUGGACACCGUUGAGGACUGGGCCAUGCUCACCGUCGCAUUUGCUGCCGAAUGGAUGGAUCUGGAAGGGUUCUUCGAUGCGGGCAAAGCACAGCCGGUGAAGAGGAAUAUCGAUGAAGGCAAAACUGAGCUGUGA